UUCACAAUAUUAAUUAAACAUUAAAAUUCACGUUAGACAAACAUGGCUCUCUCACCUAAUUUUUUCCCCAUGGAUCUAGUUAGCGAGAUCUUAUCCGCUCUUCCCGUGAAAUCUAUUCUGCGAUUCAGAUGCGUUAACAAGUAUUGCGACAACUUCGUUUCCGAUCCCAAUUUUGUAAAACUUCAUCUCAAGAGAUCAGCAGCACGAAAUCCGCAAUUCAUACUAAUGGCCGAUCACUACCUACAUAUCCCAGGUGAGUCCCCCUAUGGCAGUGACUAUGAUUAUGACGUUGAUGAAGCUUUCAUUCCCUAUUCUUUAUGCAGUUUAAUCGAUAAUCCCUCUUUUUCCCUUGAAAUUGAUCCUUAUUACUUGGUGAAAAACUUAAAUUACCGUAUAAUUGGUUCGUGCAAUGGAUUGAUAUGUUUAGAGGGUAACUCCAUCACCCGUGAGUAUUAUGAGUGUUGGUUUCGAUUAUGGAACCCAGCCACCAAGACAACGUCUCCGAAAUUCGGAUUCUUACGCUUAUUUGUCAAUACUCUCGCUGAUGAUGGCUAUUACCAAUUCAACUUCGGUUUUGAUGAUUCUACAGGAACUUAUAAGGUAGUGGCCUCAUGUUAUAAUAAACGUGAACUAAAAAGUAAGGUCAAAAUUCUAACUUUUUGUGAUUCUGUUUGGAGAGAUAUUGGAAGUUUUCCUGUUGAUCCUUUGAAUUUGGGCUCAGUUUUGGAAUCUGGUGUGUAUCUCAAAAGCACUAUUAACUGGUUUGCUAUUCAAAAUAAACUUCGCUAUAAUUAUAAGGAUAUUACCGCUGAACAAUGUUUUAUCACUUCCCUUGAUUUGAGAACCGAGACUUGCAAUAAGUAUUUAUUGCCUCGUGAUUUCAAAGAGGUUCCUCCUUCAGAGCCAAUUGUUAGUGUGUUGGGGGGCUAUCUUUGUUUUUCUUAUCGUAACGAGGAACCUUAUUUUGUUAUAUGGAAGAUGGAGAAAUUUGGAGCCGAAGAUUCUUGGGCUCAAUUCUUUAAAAUUAGUUAUCACAAUCUUCAAAUUGAUUAUGACUAUAGUGACAAAUAUAUAAAAUAUCAUUUUCAAUUGAAGCCAUUAUUCCUUUCUAAAGACGGUGAUUCAUUGAUACUAACAAGCAGUUUAAAAUCUCAAGAGAUUAUUUACAGUUGGAGAGAUAAUAGAGUGGAGCAAAUAGAAAUUGAUGCAAGUAGAACAAUUAAUGAUGAUACAACUAUGUAUAAUGCCAGGUGCACAGAGAAGGACUAUUUUGAAAGCUUAGUUUCAGUUUUAUGAAAAGAAUUAGAAGGACUGCCAACAACUAAGACAAUGUGGAAAUUAAAAAGCUUAGAAGAAGAGCAGCUAAGGCAGGGUCUGCCUAAGGAGGAUGGAUUCAAAGGAAUAUGAUUUGAAUUAGUUAGGAUUUUAAAAUUAAAUUACUACAUUGCAAUGUUUAUUACUUUUUUUGUUUAUGUUUAAGCCUGGUGAGAAAAACGCAUACAUAACUGUUAUUGACUUGUACCAGUUGAAGAAGGAAUUCUACAUUUUUUUUUUUUUUAAAGCAAGAGACUAAUAUUAUAAAACAACCACCAACCGGUUCAACAAAUACAAGACCAAACCAAAGAAAAUUACAAGCCGAUUGCAACUAUUAAGAUAAGUAAAAUAAUGGGUUAUUGCUAAACUCAUAGAAAUUACAAUAGGAAUGAGUAAUUUUCCCUAUAAAAGACCACCUCCACAUUAAUGCCUUAACACUCCAAACCACAUCCCUCGAGUUCCAAGAAGCAUUGUUGAAAACUAUAUCGUUCCUUCGAAGCCACAAACUCCAAAUAAUAGCCAACCAAAUAAUUCCCUCCUUUCCCUUUUUGACUUUCUUUUUCCGGCAAAAAGAACUCCAAUGACAAAACCCCUCCUUAAAAUUCGUAAAACUUAGAUAGUUCAUUCCUACCCAAUCCGACAUCUCCCUCCAAACAAUAACGGAAUUCCGACAAGAAAAGAAG